AUUCGUUCUUUUGCACGAAUCGUCCACUCAGUAGCCAACACUAAAAGAAGCCAGGUCUGCUGGCCGAGCCAUUUGUUUCGCCAUUGAGGAGCUCCAACGUCUUUUUGGGGAUCUUGUAAAGAAAGACACUUGCAAGCUUCUCGUCAGUUUUGUUUUUUGGAGAGAGGGAGGGAGGGGGGCGGUCGGUCGGUCGGGUUGGCAGCAAUGGCCCCCACCCGUAAGCAGCACACAUCGACCGCAGACGGACUCAAACCUGACAGAAAGAUGAGGAAACCUCUGGUGGAGAAGAAACGACGAGCUCGUAUCAACGAUAGUUUACACGAACUCAGGGCUCUCAUUGCGGAUACAGAGCAACUCCAUUCAAAGAUGGAGAACGCUGAGGUACUGGAGAUGACGGUCAAACGUGUGGUGAGCAUCCUGCAAAAUCAGGCUCAAGAGGCGGAGGCCGUCGACCGAGAGGCAUGCGAGCGUUUUGCGGCUGGUUACAUCCAUGGCAUGCACGAUGUGCAUAAUUUUGUGUCUUACCUCCCGGGAAUGGACCCCACCGUAGCGGCCGAGCUACUCAACCACCUCCUCGAGAGCAUGCCCCUGCACGGCCAGGACCACCUCAGGGCCUCGUUCUGGGACGCAGACCCCUUCGGCGGCCCCGUCGCGCCGGAGCAAACUCCGGGUUUGCAGGCGUCCUCGGCCCCUUCCUCUUCCUCCGCCUCUAGCGACGACCUUUGCUCGGACAUGGAGGACACGGACUCAGAGGCAUCUUCUUCCGAGGAGUCGGAAGAAAGUCACAUUUCUUCAUCGGAAGAAUCCGAGUCGCCGGACGUGCCGGGAUGUGUGUCCUUAAAUGGGUCCAAAUCGGUUUGGAGACCCUGGUAGACUGAAGUGGUUGUCAGUGGUAUUAGUACUUAGUAUCGGUAUCAGUGAGUGCUGUGGUAGCGAUCAGAAAAAGAUCAACAUCUCCAACAUCACCGAUACAGAUAUUCUAAUUUAUUGUUACAGUAAUGACUUGGGCAUUAAUACAGUUGGGUGUAUUUUUGAGCAACAAAAUGGGGAAAAAAGUUAUGCAGCUAACUUUAAUACAUUUUUGGUGUUUGCAUAAAUCCAUCUGAUUAAAAGUUUGAAUGAUU